CCCCAGCACCGCCCGCUGCAGCAGCAGCAGCAGCAGGAGCAGGAGCUGCUCACUCACCGCGCUAUUUUUACUCCGGGAUAUAUAAGUCCUGCACGGCCGGGCCGGGGGGGGAGAGGACUCGCACCGGCACCGCAGCAGCAGCACAGGCGCUGGUGCCCAAGAGAGAGGCAGGAAGACGGAGGACGACUUCUUUCUGUUUAAUCAGCAGCGAGGGACGGCUGGAGAGAGGAAAAAGAUGCCCAAACCAAUCAAUGUGCGCGUCACCACCAUGGACGCUGAGCUGGAGUUUGCCAUCCAGCCAAACACAACAGGCAAACAGCUUUUUGACCAGGUGGUGAAGACGGUGGGUCUGAGGGAGGUCUGGUUCUUCGGUCUGCAGUACACGGACAGCAAAGGCUACGUGACGUGGCUCAAACUCAACAAGAAGGUGACCCAGCAGGACGUGAAGAAGGAGAAUCCUCUGCAGUUCAAGUUCCGAGCAAAGUUCUUCCCAGAGGAUGUUUCUGAGGAACUCAUCCAGGAGAUCACCCAGAAGCUCUUCUUCCUUCAGGUGAAAGAGGCCAUUCUGAACGAUGAGAACUACUGUCCUCCAGAGACGGCUGUGCUGCUCGGCUCCUACGCCGUGCAGGCCAAGUACGGCGACUACAGCCAGGACAGUCACAAGCCCGGGUACCUGGCAGCCGACCGGCUGCUGCCACAGAGAGUUCUGGAGCAGCACAAGCUGACGAAGGAGCAGUGGGAGGACAGGAUCCAGACGUGGCACGAGGAGCACCGGAGCAUGCUCAGGGAAGAUGCGAUGAUGGAGUACUUGAAGAUCGCUCAGGAUCUGGAGAUGUACGGCGUCAACUACUUUGAGAUCAAAAACAAAAAGGGCACAGAGCUGUGGCUGGGGGUCGACGCCUUGGGCCUCAACAUUUAUGAGCACGAAGACAAGUUGUCGCCAAAGAUCGGCUUCCCGUGGAGCGAGAUCAGGAACAUUUCCUUCAAUGACAAGAAGUUUGUCAUCAAGCCCAUCGACAAGAAAGCUCCAGACUUUGUGUUCUACGCCCCGCGGUUGCGGAUCAACAAGCGCAUCCUGGCGUUGUGCAUGGGAAACCACGAGCUGUACAUGAGGAGGAGGAAGCCGGACACCAUCGAGGUGCAGCAGAUGAAGGCCCAGGCCCGGGAGGAGAAGCACCACAAGCAGAUGGAGAGGGCUCAACUGGAGAACGAGAAGAAGAAGCGGGAGCUUGCAGAGAAAGAGAAGGAGCGGAUAGAGCGAGAGAAAGAUGAGCUCAUUGAGCGGCUGAGACAGAUCGAAGAACAGACACAAAGAGCCCAGAAAGAGCUGGAGGAGCAGACCCGCAAGGCCCUGGAGCUGGAGCAGGAGCGGAAGCGAGCGAAGGAAGAGGCCGAGCGGCUGGAGAGGGACCGGCAGGCGGCGGAGGAGGCCAAGGCAGCGCUGGCCCAGCAGGCCGCCGACCAGAUGAAGACCCAGGAGCAGCUGGCUGCUGAGUUAGCAGAGUUCACCGCCAAAAUCGCUCUGCUGGAGGACGCAAAGAGGAAAAAGGAGGAAGAAGCAACAGAAUGGCAACACAAGGCUCUGUCGGCGCAGGACGACCUGGAGAAGACCAGGGAAGAGCUGAAGACCGCCAUGACGUCUCCGCCAGCCCCCGAGCACGACGAGCAGGAUGAGACCAGCGCCGAGGCCAGUGCCGAGCUGCUCAGCGACGGCGUCAGCAGCCACCGCAGCGAGGAGGAGCGCAUCACCGAGGCGCAGAAGAACGAGCGCGUCAAGAAACAGCUGCAGGCUCUGAGCUCAGAGUUGGCCGAAGCUCGAGACGACACCAAGAAGACGCAGAACGACAUGCUCCACGCUGAGAAUGUCAAAGCAGGCAGAGACAAGUACAAGACCCUGCGGCAGAUCCGCCAGGGCAACACUAAGCAGCGCAUCGAUGAGUUUGAGUCCAUGUGAGCCAGGAGGAAGGCUGGACACGGAGCUAAGAAGAGACUGCUGGUCUCGUUGCCAUGACAACGCCUCACUUUACUCGUAAAAAGCCUAAAACCCGCUGCCACUCCACGAGCUCCUGCUUGUUCCCAGGAGAAAGACCAGCUAUGAGGUGUGUAGCUUCAGCCUCGCCAAAGCUCUGCCCGGCAGCCGUUGGCCAGUCGCACUACUUCCUGCUUUUUAGAGCUCUGUCCUCGUCCCAACAAAGCACACGUCUUUUAAUCAGGCUGAAAAAUGGCAAGUAACUCCCUUGUACAUGACUGACAUUUUUAACGCUUGCAUGUGUGAUGAUUAAACAAGACUCUUAGACAAAACUUGAAACUGGACAGAAAUGGUUGCGCUUUUACUACAAAAUAAAAUGGCCAUUAGUAGCUGUAGCUUGUUGAUGAUGGCGGCAGGCUUAAGUAUAUUUACUUUUUUUGUCCUGAGCUGAACGAUUUAAAUAUUUUUUUUUAAAUGCCUUAUUUGUCUCAUUUCUUUUCUGUCUAGUAAUGUCAAUUUUGUUUUGGGACAGUUCUGCCGUUGUUUAUCCGUCAGUUUUACGUCAGUUUGAUUCUUGAAUGACAGUUUGCAAAAGCUCUCACGGGAACUUGUAAGCAAACGGAGACGCAGACCAGAUCUUUCUGUCCAACGAUGCAUUUGUUCAAAUAUAUAUUUUGCCCCACAAUAAAGAAUAACUUUAUAUUUCCA